CCGGGAGCCGCCCGAAGAGAAGGGACGGACGGCGCCGCACCGAGCCGCAGGACGCGACGAGACGGGAGCGCGGGACAAGGGAGACCGAGAAACCGGGGGCGCGGAGACCAACGGGGCACGACCCGAGGGCGCAAGGCAGGAGGGCACCGACGAGAACCCACCAGGAGGGAAGCCAACCCGGAACCCGGAACAACAAGGAAGGGGGCGGAGGGGAGAAACGAAACAAGAGGAGGCAAAGAACAAGAGAAACAGGCGGAAGCAAACCAAAAACAGAGAGACAAGAAAGAGCCCGCCCAGAACCGGGAAGGCACGAGGACAGAGCGACGAACAAAAGGAGGACAAGGCCCAAAAGGGACAACAGAGACGGGACGGGCGCGAAAGGGAAAAGACAAGGCGAGAGAGACAGAGGGAGACGGAAAGAGGACAAAACGGCGGGGGCGCACGCCCGGCGCCGAGCAGGCGGCGCCAAGCGCGAGCAACGCGGGCGACGAGGGCCCGGACCGGCAGCACGAAAGAGAGGCAGAGCGGAGCAGGAGGACCAAAACAACAGGGACCCAGGAGGCAGCAGAGGCCGACGGAACGGGAAAAGGAAAGGCAAGAGGAAAAGAAGGAAGAACACAAACCGAAGGCAAGAGCGGAAAGCGAAGGAACAAGGGAAGGCACACGAGGGGAGAAAGAACGAACGAAAGGAAGCGAGAAGCGAACGACACCGAACGGGACCCCCAGAAGCCCAGAAGGGACACGCGGGCGCAAAGGAAAGAAAAACCCGAACGGACCCCCAGAAGCCCGACGAGGACACAGAAGAACGAGAACGAAAGAGAAGGGCAGAAAAGAACCCAAGAACGAAGAACAGCAAACCAGAACCGCAACCCGAAGGAGGAGAAGCGGACAGGACGGAGGCCGGACCGCGAACCGGAGGCGCACAAGAAAGAGCCAAGGAAGCAAGCACAAAGAGCAAGGAGAGGAGGCCGGAACGCGAACCGGAGGCGCGAGAGAAGGAGCGGGGAAAGAGAGGCCGGACCGGAAACCGGAGGCGCGAGAGAAGGAGCGGGGCAAGAGAGGCCGGACCGGAAACCGGAGGCGCGAGAAAGGGCCAAGGGAGCGGCGGAAAGAGGCCGAAGCGAGCCACACGCAGAAAGGGCCAGGAACCGGCCAACGGAGCCAAGCAAGGGAAGGCCGGGGAACCAAAGCGAAAAGCAAAGGCAAAGCGCGAAGGAGAACGAGGGGCGCCGAGGAACGCGGGAAGCCGGAACAGCGGGGAAAAGAAGGAGAACGAAAGGCGGAGCAAGCGGAGCGCCGAACGAAGGCCCAAACGAGCAGACGCAAGGCGGCGACACCAGGCGACAGGGAGCGAAGGCGCGCCGAGCGACGGGGGCAAAACGAAGGCCGAGGGGAGCCGAAGAAGGGAGGGCGAAGGCAAGCCCGAGGCAAACCGAAACGAAGGCCCAACAGGCGGCAAAGAAACAAGAAGGAAGCAGGCAAGCACGCCACAGAGCGAGGAGGGGCCGGGAAGAACACAAAGCAGGCGCACAGGGACCCGAGAAGGCCCGAAAGAGGCCGAAAACAGGAGGGCGGAACACCGAGGCAAGAGGCAAGAACGACCCAACCCAAAGCCCAACGAAGCAACAGGCAGGCACAGGCGCGAGCGCAAGCGAAGAGAGGAAAACCGGAGCCGACCGGGAGGCCAAGCACACGCGCGCCAAAAGCACGGGGCGGAGCGGGCCCGGGAACGGCCGCGAAACGCGGCCCCGCGAGCAAAAAGAGGAGCACAACGGGAAGACGGGGGGGAGACACCAAAAGCACAACAAACGGAGACGGGGCAAGGGGGAGGCAAAACGGAAAGCGGGGGACCCGCGCAGGAAAGGCGGAAAGGAACCCCAAAAGGGGGGCCGAACCAGGGCCCCGAGCGCAGGGCCCAAAAGGGGACACAAGGCGGGGCGCGGGAACAACACAAGAGCAACAAGCAACGAAAACCCAAGGGGCGCAAAAAGGAGAGGGGACAGCAGCGAAGGCAGCGGGGACCAAAAAGGGCGAGCGACAGGAAAAGCGAACAACACCACAAGGGGCGGCGCGAAAAACCACGCAAGAGAGCCGCAAAAAGCACCAAAAGCGGAGCGAAAAGGGCGAAGAAAACAAGGCGCAAAAAGGGCCAAAAGCAAGCGCACAAAAAGGGGCGGGCAGCAGGGGGGGCGAAAAGGACCGCAAACGGGGACGCCAAAGCACGAGCCGAGCGCACCAACACGGGGGCCGCGAAAAAGCGCACAACGGAGCCGGGGGAGCCCAAAGCGGGGGAGAGAGGAGAGAGAGAGGAGGGGGGGAAGGGGAAAGGGCGGAGGGGCGGCAAGGAGGGCAGAAAGGGCGGCAAGGGCCCAAAACGGAAAACGCCGACGGGGGGCGCCGAGGCGGGCGGAACCCCGGGCACGCAAACGAGAGAGGCAACCAGACCAAAGGCGAGAGGCCAGACGCAACGGCACAGGCGAAAGGGCCAGCAGAGGGCAGGGCGAGAAAAAGGGGGCCCACGGCCAAAAGCCAGGGGAAGGCAAAACCCACAAAAGGGCGCGGAGAGAGAGCGAAAACCGCCAGACACAAAAGAAGGGGCAAGCGAGACCAAACGCGACAGGCCGGAGCGAACCACGCGGACGGAAGGCGCAGCCGAGCGCGGGGACGCAAAGGGGACCAAAGGCAAACGGAGGCGGAAACGGAAAGGGAAAACGCCGAAGCGCACCGACGCCACGGAAAACCGCGGGAGGCAGGGCGACCAGGCGACGAGCCGAAAAGGACCCGGCCGGAGCGGAGGAAAGCGGCAGAAGGGGAGGCCGAGGGCAGCGGCGGGAACGGGGAGCGAAAAGGAGCGGGCAAGGGGCAGAAGCGCCAAAACACAAAAACGCGCACCAAGACCAAACGAACGACCAGGGGACCGAACGGGCAGGCGCAGCAAG